AUGGGUAAGCCGAAAGACAAGAGCCUCAAACCGGCGCCCAGCAAACAUUCAUCCGACGUUCUGUCCGAUACACUAUCUGCGUUUGCAUCUGUUCCUUCGUUGAGGGCUGCGGAUGGGCAUAACGUUGAUGGCUGGGCCGACGAAGACAUCCGAAUAUACAACGAAUUGCUCAGCGAAAGAGCAAAACUCGAAAAGGAGAAAAACGAACUGGAGCAAAAGUCGUCGCGACAUCAGACUCAGCGAGCGCUGCUUGAUGAGAACUCCACCACUUUGGAUGGCUUGUUCAAGGCCCAAUUCGGGGGAGACUUCAAGUUCACCGGUGGAAGCUCAUGCUGCUUGGAUGCAGACCUCGGCAAUGCGUGUGCAGAGCCUGAGGGUUCCAAACCUGGUAGCCUUCCGUGUGAACAUGAAAUAUGUGCACGCGCAAAGACCAAGGGUGUCUCGUGGAUGGAAAUGGACACGAUCAAAUAUUACCAUGCACGGAUCAUGUCGGAAAGGUCUCCGAGAAUGCAGAAUGCGCUGCGCAAACAAAGAGACGUUGAGCUAGUUCGUGUCAAGAAGGAUGAUGAAGAGGAACUCGCAUGGAGGGCAAGGAGGGCAGCUGCUGCGGACAAAGCAUUGGGCAGCAGUGCUGAGAUGCCGCAGGUGAUGCCCGGUGAAGGUGCUAGUCCGGUGAUUCCUGCAUCUUUAGACAUGGUUGCCUCGCGACAAGUCUUGCUUGAUCCCAAGAACAGUGCCAUCUUGGAGGCUGCUAAGGAGAACGAGCAUGUUGUUCGCCGCAUCCGAGGUCGGUUGGACAGAAUCCGACAGGAUGUAAAUGCCGGCAGAGUCUCGCCAGCAGAUGCUCGUGUCUCGUUGGACCAGGCAAACUUUGAGAUGGCUGAGGCGGAGAGAAAGAACAAUGAAUUCAGGCAGUUGAUCGUGGAUGCCGAGCCGCCUCUCUCUCACAAUCCUCAACCAAACCCUGCCACUCUCUCCAACAUCCUUCAAAACACGCUGGCCUCAUCGACCACUGACACCUUCUCCAAUGCCCUCAGCGUCAUGAGGGGCUUCUUUAGCACUUCUGACCCUCAGGAGGUCCAGGCCGCCAUCGGCGAGCUGCGUCGGGUCCUCGAAAUAAACGGACCGAUGACCCCCGUCCUCGAGAAGUCCUUUCAAGCUCUUACAGAUAUGGUGGCCAAACCCAAAACCAAGGGCCUGAGCGCCGAAGACUCUGCGACCGACCGGCAUGGCUUGGUGGAAGUAAUGAUGCACCUCAGACAGAAAGUGCAAGCUUCCAUCGACCCGUCCUCUGCCCUUGGCUCUCGCGAAAUGAGCCUCGACGAAGACACAAUUAAAGCCAACUUCGAAUGUAUCAAAGUAGAAGAGGCGGCUAAGAAGGACAUGGAGAAGAUUGCAGAGAGAAUGUUCGAUGACACUGUUGAAAACGUUGUCGCAUCGCUUAAGAAGGUCAAAUCGAAGGCCUUACUGAAGUCUCCUAUCCCACCUCUCUCCGAUAUCGUCCUCGAAGAUGUCAUUACGGACAUCUUAUUCCAGCGGUCCAUCAAACUCCUAGUCAUCGAGGCAGCUGGUCCUGUCAAUCUUUCCUCGGUAUCGGGCAAACUGACCUCACUGGUGAUCAACAUGGCUCACAAAGAGCCAGAAAAAUACAUGGCUACAUUGGACAUCAUUAAAGACUGCAUCCAGAAGACCUUAGCAGCACAGAAGAAGGAGCCGCCUGUCGUUCUGUUAGAUGCUGUAUCAAAGGUGGAAGAAUCAAUUCCCAAAUUCGUCGCGGCGCAUGAGCAGAAGUCAAGAAAGUACGUCACCGACAACAAACCACCUGCGGCUGGCUCUGUGCCAGCAACCCAGGCUGUAUCAGGCUCUGGCAAAGACGUCUCCUUCGCCAAAUACCUUCUCACUGGCGACGUUGUCGACAAGGAGUCUUGGAACGCCUUCAGAAACUUCUUCAGAACGCCACUUGUCCACGAUGCGGCCAAGGUUAGAGACCGAGUCAUUGAACAUUACCGCAAACAUCGGGACGAAGGGAUCUGGGAGAUAUUUCGGGUGGUGGCCGAUCAUCACACUCUACACACCUUCCGCUUCGAAUCAUGGGCGGCCGAGAAAGAGCUGUACUGUGCCAACAUGGCGGUUGCUGCUGUGAGCCGUGAGAAAGUCCUCGACGCCAUCGUGGGCUAUCAAAAACGCGGCAUCUGCCCUGGCAUGACGGCCGUGGUGAUCUCGCAACGCCUCACGUACCAGGUCAGAGAAGACUUUGAUGCUGCUAAAGCCAGUACGAUGCUGCUUCGAAACAUCUUCGACCACUACAAACCGCCUGCUGACAGCCGAGAAUGGUUCCAGUCAUUCAAUUUCAUAGCCCAAGCCAUGAUCGACCUCUUUGCGGUCAUGAUCUUCCAGGUGAAAGGCCUUGACCGGAAAGAUGCCCCGAUCCUGGCCGCCGAUGUCAUUGGCACUGUCUGCACAUUCGUGCUGGGCGCGGAGAAUGCUGCUCAUGCUGCCGCCAACCUUCACGUCGUGCAAGCUUUCGUAUCCAGUACUUUGGUGAACAACAAGGAUGCCAGCGAGGUCGGCAAGUUGCAAGGUGUUCUGCUCCGAUUCCUUCAUAUGUGUGAGGACUCACGGUACAGAUGUCCGCCGGAGCAUGCAUGCAAAUCACAGGUCAAAGCGUUCAAUGCUGAAAAAUAUAAGGCCCUUAUCCCUGCGCCACUGAACGUCAGCAAGCAGCCUCAGCCGACGACUCUCAAGAAACAAAGUCUACCGACACCAACUAGUACGAUCGAAUAUCUGAAGCAAUGUUUGGCAAGCCAACCAGCAGAGAAACUCCGCCCCCUCCGGAUCUACAUGCAAUGUGUCCACGAUUGGGAGACAGCGACGUUACUUGCGCCCCAUUUGAGAUGCCUACAUGCAGGAAAGUCUUGCACUUGCACGAGAGAGCAGCAGGAAGCUGCAGAAGAGUUUCAAAUUCGCAAGGAUAUCUUGGAUGCCGGAUUCGAGGAACUGAAGACCUACCUUAAAACCGACGAAGAUCCACCCGGAGCCCUAUGGGUCCGUCUGGACAAGGAAGCAAAAGCGCUUCGUGAACUGACUUUGCGGAAAGCCGACGAGGUUGAGAAGGAGAGUGACCCGCACACUGUGCAGGUCAAGUCUCGUUUCGCCGAGCAUCUUGGAAACGGUUCCAAAGCAGAGCAGCGUCCAGAUACCCAAGAAAUCAAACUGAAACAAGUUGCGGUCAAUGUUCCAAGCGUGCAGAACAGUCUCUCCAGCAAUUCAUCAGAAAGUGGCAACCUGGAGAGAGACGUAUCGGAGGAUUCGGCCAACCAUCACCCGGGCAAAACAAUCUCCAGUGCGACCCCGGCGUCGAAUUCGAAGCCAGGACCACUCAACUCAACCGACAAUCGCUCCAAGACCAACAAUGUGUCACAGCGGUCAACAUCGGCCGUGAAGGACAAAUCUCCGUUGGCUCCAGGGGAACUGGCGAUGCUGAAUCAGUUGGUCAGAUUUGUCGAGGGAGUGUUCAGGCUGGGAGACACCAACUCGGAUCUCGCUGCUUUCACACGGAAAGACGCCCUUACCGGCAUCACGAACCAGCUUCGCGAAAUGGCGAUUGGACACAUCGAGAUGGCAUGGAUCAUCGCAGAAGCUCACGGAUACUCUGGCCUGCAAUCCUGGAUCCAGCAUAAUUUCGGGAGAAGAGGUGUAUAUAGCACAGACAAUGGUGACGAGGAAGACCUCCCCGCGUCCAAGGAUGCUGCCACCGCAGCUUAUGGAGAGAAAGAUCCUCCCAAAGAGAGCCUACAACGGACCCAGGGUGGGAAAGUCAACCAAGCAGCGGACAGCGCAUUGUUGUCAUCUUUGCCGAACCAGCCGCCGCAACAAGCCGCCACCGAUACGGACAACACUAUUCAACCCCAGCUGAUCCAGAAGCACACUGGCUCUCAGCGACGCAAAAACCUUCCCAAGCGCAAGCGAUAG